AUAGCAAACUAUGCUGUGAUUGAUUUGGCUAAUGCAUUUUUUACUAUCCCAAUUGCAGAGGAACAUUUGGAUCAAUGUGCCUUUACGCGACAGGGGCGGCAGUACACCUUUACCAGGCUGCCUCAGGGAUGGGUGCAUAGUCCAACUAUUUGUCAUCCAAUAGUGGCCGAGCAUCUGGAUGAAGUAAAACUGCCUCCUCAUAUGCAAAUAGCACAUGAUAUAGAUGACAUCCUGAUUCAGGGGAGCAUUGAAGAGGAAUUACAGCAGAUACUCGAAUUGGUUGUGGACCAUGUGAAACAGAAAGGUUGGGAAAUUAAUCCUACUAAAAUUCAGGGACCAUCUCAAGUGGUAAAUUUUUUAGGAAUCCACAGGCACUGUGGACAUGAGGAGAUACUACUUAAAGCCCAACAGAAAAUUCUGGACCUUGUGGUACCACAAAAUAAGAAAGAGGCACAGAGAUUCAUCAGACUGUUCGGCUUUUGGAGACAACACAUUCCACAUUUAGGACAGAUUUUGGCCCCAUUGUAUAAAGUGACCAGGAAAAAAUAUGAAUUUGAAUGGGGAAAUGAUCAGCAGUCUGCCUUUGAAUUAGCAAAAGAGGCUAUUCAAAGGGCUUGA